CUUUUGGUGGGAAACUGUGAACAUGCGUCAGUUGUUCACAGAAGUGUAUCUGGUCACAAAUGCGGACAACCUGGAGAGCUGAUCAUAUACUACGAGCUGGAAGAAAGUGAGAAAAGCUGCUCCCGAGGCAUCGUGGAGGUCUGUCCUGAGACCCAUAAAAUAAGGCGCUUUUUGGAGAAGCCACAGGAAGAUGUGACGGUGUCGCGGCUGGCCAGUGUUGUGUUUUACUGCAUCCAGAGAGACACACUGUCCUACCUGGUCGACUUCCUCAGUUUACAGCCUCAGGCCUCAGACAGGACAUUUGGGCAAUUCUGGGAGUGGCUCAUCAAUGAGAAGCGGCUGGACGUGUUUGGGAUGAAGCUUCCCACUGGCUUCCAGCUCAUCGGACAAGUGGGUCUGUCAGACUACACCAAGUGGCUCACUCACUACUCUACCAAGAAACAAGACAGUCCUGCUAAAGCAAUCACAUGCAGGUCAUACGCAAGGGUGGGAUUAAUGGGGAAUCCCUCAGAUGGCUUCAAUGGAAAAACCAUCGCUAUGAGCAUCUCCAACUUCUGGGCCGAGGUUACUCUAAAGGAGAGUCAGACUUUGGUUUUAGUUCCUCAUCCACUCAAUGAUCCCACAGAAUUUGGAAGUUUGCAAGACCUGUUCUGCAUCAGCAGGAAGGAGGGGUACCUGGGGGGUCUGAGGCUGCUGCAGGCAACCUGCAAGAAGUUUUAUCAGUUCUGCUCCGAAAAAGGUAUUGCUCUGACAAAACAGAACUUUACCUUAAAGUAUGACACCAACAUACCUCGGCAAGUGGGCCUGGCUGGAAGCAGCGCCAUCGUCUCAGCUACCCUGAAGUGUCUUAUGAAAUUCUACAACAUCACAGACAAUGAUUUGCCCAAACCUGUCAGAGCCAACUUCAUCCUCAAUGUGGAGACAGAUGAACUGUACAUCACUGCUGGCCUGCAGGACAGAGUUGUGCAGGUCAGAGUCGAAAGUUAUGAAGGCUUAGUCUAUGAUUUCAGCAAGAACCUCAUGGAAGAGCAGGGUUAUGGGAAACUAUGUUCCUAUGGGACUGAGUGGCCUUCCUCUUUCUGGUUGGCCUACCUUAGCGACCCCAGUGACUCUGGACGGAUUCACAGCACACUCCGGCAGCGCUGGCUCAAUGAGGAAUCUCUGGUAGUUGAAGCCAUGAAGACUUUUGCUGAGCUCACCGAUCAGGCAAGGACAGCUCUAGAGAACCGAGACUGGGACUGUCUGGCACAGCUAAUGGACAAAAACUUCGAGCUGCGGAGAUCUGUCUACACUGACGACUGUCUGGGUCCAGGAAAUCUUAAGAUGGCUCAGCUGGCGAGACAGUUUGGUUCAGCUGUGAAGUUACCAGGCAGUGGAGGAGCUGUAGUGGGUCUGUGUCAGGAUCAGGCGAAACUGGUGGAGAUGAGGCAGGCUUUCCAGGAGGCCGGCUGUGUCUUCUGUGUCAUUGUACCAUACAACCCAUCUGCCAGCACUGUGGGCGGACAACAAUAACCUCAUAUUCCACUACAACUCAGAUGGGAUACUCAUGGCUAACACUUGGCUAUCGUUCUUGUAUCAUUGCAUAUGAUUCAUUAUUAUACUGACUGUAAUAAUCAUGAGCAUUUGCAGAAUAUAAAAGCCAUAAUUUUUCAAGUAGUCAGGACUCCAAUCUGUGCCUUCACUCUUUAAUGAUAGUAAAUGUAGAGCUUUAUCAGAACAGCCCAAAUAAUGUCUGAGAAAAUGUCUUGUUGUAGUGCACUAUAAGAGAUUUAAGACUCUACUGUGUAUUUAGGGCUUAAUAAAUAGAUGCCCUUGUGUCAAAUGUAAUUUACUGCAAUGUAAAAAUGAUUUAGAUAUUUUUAUAUUAAUAUGAUACAUUCCAUAGACUUAAGUUAGAGCACAUUUUGAGACACUUCAUCUGAUUAAGAGACUAAAGGCGAAGACACACCAACCCAAUUUACGGCAAUCCGAUGUCAUUGGGCAGUCUGGCAAGCUCGGUGACAUGAGUCUGGUUGGUGUGUUCCAUGCAAUCGGCCCUCAUUAGUGCCGUUGCCAGUCUUUUUGGCCGAUUCAAUAUGUGUAAUCGGCCACUACCUGUUUUUCAGUCAGACCAGUCUGAUUGGUGGAGGGAUAGCCCUUGACUAGUGAAUCAGUGAAUGAGCAGUUUACAUGUGAAUACAGCUAUGCCAAGGGACUUCACACUAUUAUUGUCUCCUAUAGUAGGCCAUUAACUGCUUGUAUUGUAUCUGAAUGAAUGCCAGUCAGUGUUGCCUAUGGACUACAUUCAUUACAUGAAGUUAGCAUUGUUAGCAUAGCGCAGUUUCUCCUCAGUUUUCGCCUAUAAGAGCUUUUUUUUCCACAAGAAGCCAGAGAGCUGACAACAGUAGUAUCUUCUUACUACUAGCCUGGGCUUCAUUCAAGGAGUACAACAACCCUUCUGGACUACUCAAAAUUCUCUGCUGACAACAAUGGCUGAUGACAGUGAGCUCUGUUUUGGUCUAGAGAGAUGUUCCGUCAUUUCCGGUUUUACGUCUUGUGCAAGCGCAGAAAGUACACUCAUGUCGGUAGUCGAUUUGGUGUGUUCCUCACACUUUUUUGACCAUGUCGGGCAGACGAGAGCCGACUGAUAAGUCGGGCUACCUUUUCUGGUGACAAUCGGCAGUCGGGUUGGUGUGUCUCCUCCUUAAGACAUCUCUUGUAACUCAUUUCAUGUUUGUUAUGCGAAAAAAAAAGUCUGCUAUAUGUCACUGUGUCUUAAGUAGUUUGUCUUUUCAAUACACUUGGUCACACGUAGAGAACAAUGAAACUUCAUGAAAAUCAGUAAUUCCACAAGGGCUCUGUUUGGCGGGAUUAUGAAAAUUAAGAAUGUUUUUGAGACACUUUAGUUUCAGAUGUCUUACUAACAUCUUAUGGCACCUGAAACAACAACAAAAAAUCUACAUCCAAUAAUUUUCUAAUGACAUGUUUCACCAAAUAAUUGAAUUGCUUUUAUGGUCAAGUGGAACUGUGUAAGAUUUUACUAUUUUGGUUAUGCUUUGCUGUUUUUGUAGCAUUUUUCUCUAUAGUGUUCCCCUACAGUUUCAAGGUACAUGUUCACUGUCGUAAAAUCCACACUUAAUCCUCCCCUCCAACCGUGUGCAUUUGUUUUCAAUGAAGCCGGUGACGAGAAGGGAAAAAAUAGUGAUCAAUCAAUCUGACAUUUAUUUUCACGUCAUGGAGGAGGUCGCGGAACUGGAGCUGCUCUUAAGCUGUGCAGCUAACGCUAGCAGCUUGGUGCUAGCAGCUACAGAUGGAGCCUCAGACCACCGAUCUCUACACUCACAGCCAGUGUGUCAUUAUGACCUGUCUGCCUGGAUGGCCAGGGAACGCAUGGACAGGAACCCCCUGGCCAUCCAGGCAGACGGGUCAAUCUGCUGCCGCUAGCACUAAGCUCCUAACAUUCGCCGCACAGCUUAAGAGCCACCAGGCUAACAAACAACUAAACGAACAUACACCUAAGUGACACAAACUACCAUGAUUACUUAUCAGUAUGCAAACAUCUCCGUUAGCUUGCAAGCAUCCAGGCAUUGUUCAUAAAGAGUUCAUAAAUGAGUAAACAUCGCUACAACCAAUAGCAAUAAUCGAGAACGCAUAAAUCCACUGAAAUACAAAGAGUAUAAAUAAUUUAUCUCAGCAAUAUUUACAAGUGCAGCAACACCGCCAAGUCUGCGUCCGUUGUGAUGCUUCUUUUUCUUUCAGCUCUCUCCAUUUAGCAAAAACUGGACCAAGGCAUACUCUUGUCUUGUUCCUGGUUUGGUCACUCACUGUUUUCUUCUUCCUAGCAUCCUCUGACAAUGGCCACCUCUUUCUUUUCUCUGCUGGCUCUGCAAUGGUAAACUCCUGUCAAAUGAAGGUGUGGCUGGCUUGUGUUUACAGCUAACCAGCCAUACAUGCUAGAGGUGUGUUUGUGUUGUAGUGCUGUAAAACUAUGAUGGUGGUGACAUGUUUGGGCUCAGUGAGGUCCAUUGAGACAUGCCUUAAUUAAUAAAG